AAAAAUUCCUCCUCAUAGGUGUCGCGCUGAUCGGCCCCGGCCUAAGGGGCCAUGACGCGUUGGCCCUUUCAUUAUUUAUUAUUGCUCUCGGUGGCAGUAUUCUGUGUGCCGGGUGUCAUAGCGCUGCACGACGAACAAAAUAGAACAAUACUCAAUGUUGGCUAUCUAACAGCCAUUACCGGUGAACUAAUGGACAAGCAGGGUCUGGCCAUUUCAGGUGCACUCACGAUGGCGCUAGAUGAGAUCAACAAUGAUGACAAUUUGCUGCCAAAUGUUAAGUUGCAGCUACGCUGGAAUGACACAAAAGGUGACACGGUGACUGCUACCAAAGCCAUUACCGAAAUGAUAUGCGAUGGUAUUGUGACGAUAUUCGGUCCAGAGGGUCAUUGCUAUGUGGAGGCUAUUGUAUCACAAAGUCGUAACAUUCCAAUGAUAUCAUAU